CGCGCGCGUGCUCUGUGGGUCGGUGCGGCGGCGGCAGAGACUGGCCAUGGCCGUGGGCGACGGGCUGGUGUAACGCCGCGCGGGGCAGGCGGGUGGCGACUGAGAGAGACGGGCAUGGGAGCGCCGCAGUUGGACGGUCGCGGUGGCCUGGGCUGCUAACUGCGCACCUGGAGCCGAGAGCCGGCGGCAGCGGCGGCGGCGGCGGCGGCGGAGCGCCGGGCAGCGUAUCUUCUAAUCUGAAAAAGUCUUCCAUGAAAACUUCACUUUUAAAAAAUAAGUAAUGCCAUCUGUUUUCCUAAAAGACUGAAAUGGGGGCUAUCAUUUCAAGAGCCCCAUGGUUAUGAAUGUGCUUCCGCUUCAUAAUGCCUCCUGCUAUGGCAGACAUCCUUGACAUCUGGGCAGUGGAUUCACAGAUAGCAUCUGAUGGCUCCAUACCCGUGGAUUUCCUUUUGCCCACUGGGAUUUAUAUCCAGUUGGAGGUACCUCGGGAAGCUACCAUUUCCUAUAUUAAACAGAUGUUAUGGAAACAAGUUCAUAAUUACCCAAUGUUUAACCUCCUUAUGGAAAUUGACUCCUAUAUGUUUGCAUGUGUGAAUCAAACUGCUGUAUAUGAGGAGCUUGAAGAUGAAACAAGAAGACUCUGUGAUGUCAGACCUUUUCUUCCAGUUCUCAAAUUAGUGACAAGAAGUUGUGACCCAGGGGAAAAAUUAGACUCAAAAAUUGGAGUCCUUAUAGGAAGAGGUCUGCAUGAAUUUGAUGCCUUGAAGGAUCCUGAGGUGAAUGAAUUCCGAAUAAAAAUGCGCAGAUUCAGUGAGGAAAAGAUUCAGUCGCUUGUGGGAUUGUCUUGGAUGGAUUGGCUAAAGCACACCUAUCCACCAGAGCAUGAACCAUCCAUUCCUGAAAAUUUAGAAGAUAAACUUUACGGAGGAAAGCUCAUUGUGGCUGUUCAUUUUGAAAAUUGUCAGGAUGUGUUUAGCUUUCAAGUAUCUCCUAAUAUGAAUCCUAUCAAAAUAAAUGAAUUGGCAAUCCAAAAACGUUUGACUAUUCAUGGGAAAGAAGAUGAAGUUAGCCCCUAUGACUAUGUGUUGCAAGUCAGUGGGAGAGUAGAAUAUGUGUUUGGUGAUCACCCACUAAUUCAGUUCCAGUAUAUCCGGAACUGUGUAAUGAAUAGGACCUUGCCCCAUUUUAUACUUGUGGAAUGUUGCAAGAUCAAGAAGCUGUAUGAACAGGAAAUGAUUGCCAUAGAGGCUGCCAUAAAUCGAAAUUCAUCUAACCUUCCUCUUCCUUUACCACCAAAGAAAACUCGAAUUAUUUCUCAUGUUUGGGAAAAUAACAACCCUUUCCAAAUUGUCUUGGUUAAGGGAAAUAAACUUAACACAGAAGAAACUGUAAAAGUUCAUGUCAGGGCUGGCCUUUUUCAUGGUACCGAACUCCUGUGUAAAACCGUCGUAAGCUCAGAGAUAUCAGGGAAAAAUGAUCAUAUUUGGAAUGAACCACUGGAAUUUGAUAUCAAUACUUGUGACCUGCCACGAAUGGCUCGAUUAUGUUUCGCUGUUUAUGCAGUUUUGGAUAAAGUGAAAACGAAGAAAUCAACUAAAGCUAUUAAUCCCUCUAAAUAUCAGACCAUCAGGAAAUCUGGAAAAGUGGAUUAUCCUGUAGCCUGGGUAAAUACGAUGGUUUUUGACUUUAAAGGACAGUUGAGAUCUGGAGAUAUAAUAUUGCACAGCUGGUCUUCAUUUCCUGAUGAGCUUGAAGAAAUGUUGAAUCCAAUGGGAACUGUUCAAACAAAUCCAUAUACUGAAAAUGCAACAGCUUUGCACAUCAGAUUCCCAGAGAAUAAAAAACAACCUUAUUACUAUCCUCCCUUUGAUAAGAUUAUUGAAAAGGCAGCUGAGAUUGCAAGCAGUGAUAGUGCUAAUGUAUCAAGUCGAGGUGGAAAGAAGUUUCUUGCUGUACUGAAAGAAAUCUUGGACAGGGAUCCGCUGUCUCAACUGUGUGAGAAUGAAAUGGAUCUUAUUUGGACUUUGCGACAAGACUGCAGAGAGAAUUUCCCACAGUCAUUGCCAAAAUUACUGCUGUCAAUCAAGUGGAAUAAACUUGAGGAUGUUGCUCAGCUUCAGGCACUACUUCAGAUUUGGCCUAAACUGCCCCCCCGGGAGGCCCUGGAGCUUCUAGAUUUCAACUAUCCAGAUCAGUACGUGCGAGAAUAUGCUGUGGGCUGUCUGCAACAGAUGAGUGAUGAAGAACUCUCUCAAUAUCUUUUACAGUUGGUGCAAGUUUUAAAAUAUGAGCCUUUUCUUGAUUGUGCCCUCUCUAGAUUCCUACUAGAAAGAGCACUUGCUAAUCGGAGGAUAGGGCAGUUUUUAUUUUGGCACCUUAGGUCAGAAGUGCACAUUCCUGCUGUUUCAGUACAAUUUGGUGUCAUCCUUGAAGCUUACUGCCGGGGAAGCGUAGGUCACAUGAAAGCGCUUUCCAAGCAGGUUGAAGCACUCAAUAAAUUAAAAACUUUAAAUAGUUUAAUCAAACUGAAUGCAAUGAAGCUAAAUAGAGCCAAAGGGAAAGAAGCAAUGCACACUUGUUUAAAACAGAAUGCUUAUCGGGAAGCCCUCUCUGACCUGCAAUCACCUCUGAACCCAUGUGUUAUCCUCUCAGAACUCUAUAUUGAGAAGUGUAAAUACAUGGAUUCCAAAAUGAAGCCUUUGUGGCUGGUGUACAACAACAAGGUGUUUGGUGAGGAUUCAGUUGGAGUGAUUUUUAAAAAUGGUGAUGAUUUACGGCAGGAUAUGUUAACACUCCAAAUGCUACGCUUGAUGGAUUUACUCUGGAAAGAAGCUGGUCUGGAUCUUAGGAUGCUGCCUUAUGGCUGUUUAGCAACAGGAGACCACUCUGGCCUCAUUGAAGUUGUGAGCACCUCUGAAACAAUUGCUGACAUUCAGCUGAACAGUAGCAAUGUGGCUGCAGCAGCAGCCUUCAACAAAGAUGCCCUUCUGAACUGGCUUAAAGAAUACAAUUCUGGGGAUGACCUGGACCGAGCCAUUGAGGAGUUUACCCUGUCGUGUGCCGGCUACUGUGUAGCUUCUUAUGUCCUUGGGAUUGGUGACAGACAUAGUGAUAACAUCAUGGUCAAAAAAACUGGCCAGCUAUUCCACAUUGACUUUGGACAUAUUCUUGGAAAUUUCAAGUCUAAAUUUGGCAUUAAAAGGGAGAGAGUGCCUUUUAUUCUUACCUAUGAUUUCAUUCAUGUAAUUCAACAAGGAAAAACAGGAAACACGGAAAAGUUUGGCCGGUUCCGCCAGUGUUGUGAGGAUGCAUAUCUGAUUUUACGACGGCAUGGGAAUCUCUUCAUCACUCUCUUUGCACUGAUGUUGACUGCAGGGCUUCCUGAGCUCACAUCAGUCAAGGAUAUACAGUAUCUUAAGGACUCUCUUGCCUUAGGGAAGAGUGAAGAAGAAGCACUCAAGCAAUUUAAGCAAAAAUUUGAUGAGGCACUCAGGGAAAGCUGGACUACUAAAGUGAACUGGAUGGCCCACACAGUUCGGAAAGACUACAGAUCUUAACAAUCAGCCUUUGCUCCUAAUGUAUUUGUUGGUUUCGUUUAGUUUUCAUUUUGCACUUGCACUAAAUUGAACGUGACCCUGCCAGAGAUGUUAUAAAGGGAAUGAAAUCCUGGAACCCAGAGUUAAAUUAAAAACAAUGGCAUCCCACAGAAACCUAAUCUGAACAAUCCCUGAUGACCACCCUCUGCUUUUGAAUGCUUCCAAGAUUCAUCAUGCAAACUGUCAACAUUAUGGAUAAUCAUUUCCUGCUGACUUUGCACGCCAAGGAAUGCUACUAGAGAUUGUUUUUUGUCUUUCUGUUUUUUGUUUUUGUUUUUUUUUAAGUAUUUGGUACUUUUCUGGAAAGGUGUAAAUACUUCUUUUUCAUAUUGUGACCAAGUGUUAUCACUCAGCCAACUUAUCCACACCUGGGGACUAGUAGCUGUUCUUACUUUCCAAAUGAGGCUUAAAAGAAAGCUUUCUUUCUUCCCUUUUUAAAUUGUGUAAACUACAAAUUAUAAUAUAAUUUGAAAUUAUGAUUAUUUUUCAAAAGAAAUCUUUUAAACCUGUGGAAACAUUAAUUCUAUUGUUGAUACUUAUCUACUGUGAUAGCAUCAUCCCAGCCAGACUUGAUGAAAAUCUACUUGGUGAGGCAAAUAUAAUUUAUGCUGCAUAUAUAUUUAUAAAAUUUCUAGUGGGAGUUCUAUAUAAAAAUUAUGUUAUUUUGAUUUUCUUCAGCCUGUGUUUUAAAGUUUUACAAAAGCAGAGCUUUUUCCUAAGUUACUUUUUAGUUAACUAUGUGAUCCAGUUCUUCCA